AAUGUAUAUGAUUAUAUAUUUUACAACUGGGAUCUAUAUAUGUUGUUAAUCUGUCUUUUUUGUUGAAUUCAUUAUUUCAUAUAAUGUAGAAUUAGCACUGCUAAUGUUGAAGGAUUGUCCUAACCUAUCUGUGGCACGUGACAAUGGUCAGACAGCCUUGCAUGUGUUAGCCCGAAAGCCAUUAGAUUUCAUCUCAGAGACUAGAGGACUAUUACACAAAUUUCUCACUUAUUUCCCUGGAAUGAGAUUCUUAGUUCGAAAAACUCACCAGCAAAGCAAAGCACUGAUUCUGGUAAAAGAACUUUGGAAGCAAAUUUUGAAGGACAACAAUGACGCAGAGAUCAAAGAUCUAAUAAGAUCGCCAACUCGCAUACUUCUUGAUGCAGCAGAGGUUGGGAACCAUGAUUUCUUGGUGGCCCUUAUUUGUUCCUACCAUGAUUUACUCUGGGAGAGCGACAAAGAAAGAAGAACCAUUUUUCAUAUUGCUGUUGAGAACCGCCAUGCCCACAUCUUUAGGUUAAUACAUGAGAUUGGUUCAAUGAGAGAUAUUAUAUUCUCCUUUAAAGACAGCGAAGGAAACAACAUAUUUCAUCUUGCUGCCAAGUUACCCACUAUGGAAAGAUUAAAUGUUGUGUCUGGUGCAGCUCUACAAAUGCAACGUGAACUCAUUUGGUUCAAGGAGAUAGAAAAUAUGAUGGAGCCAUCGCUGAGAGAGAAACAGAAUAAGCAAAACGAGACAGCUCGUGUAAUCUUUAGCAAGACACACAAAAAUCUAUUGAAAGAAGGAGAAUCAUGGAUGAAGAAAACAGCCGAGUCUUGCACAAUAGUAGCAGCACUAAUAGCCACAGUAGUUUUCACCGUAGCUUUCAGUGUUCCCGGUGGCAACAACAGCGAUACUGGAUUCCCCAUUCACAUCAAACACACCUCGUACACUUUUUUCUCAUUAUCAAAUGGAGUAGCCAUGUUCUCAUCUUCAACUUCCAUACUAAUGUUCUUGUCCAUUCUCACAUCACGUUAUGCUGAAAGUGAUUUUCUUAGGUCCUUGCCGAAGAGGUUGAUCAUUGGACUUACUUCACUUUUCGUCUCCAUGGCAACCAUGACAGUCGCUUUCUGUACGGCAGUGUUCAUUGCCUACCGUCAGGGAUCGAUGUGGAUACCUAUUCUUAUCACAGCUCUUCAACUGGUUCCAAUCACUUUGUUUUUGUAUCUUUUGUAUCCUCUUCAACUUGAUAUAUUCUAUUCCACGUUCUACUCUCAUUCUUUGUUUAAACCAUGUAAGCGCAAGCUUCAAUGGGCAGGUGAUAUUUGAAACUUUUGGUACAAAGAUAAUAAGUUUGUGUGUGUUAUUUUAAUAAGUGU